AUGCCUUCCAAAAGACUUUUGGUUUCAACGAUACUGACGCAUAGAGGUGGAAUGGUUGACAUUACAUCCAUUCUUCCUACUUUGGAUAUUCAAAAGGAAUUGGCUGACUCUAGAGGUUCAGCUGUGCUUCUCCAUGAUGACACUUGUAUCACUGGAAGAGAGAUAAAUGCUAUCAACAAACUCGGUCAAGAAAUGAAAGUUAGAAUUUCAAUGUCAUUCAGCAAGUGUACGUAUGACCUUACGUCUGUUGUAAAAGCUGAAUCUGAAAUGUCUACUGUUAUUGUCAUUCUGAUUCAUCAUCUUACAAUUAAGAAUAUGCUUAAAGAACUUAAAGAAAAGGAAGUCAUGUAUUACAAGUUGCAAGACAAAAUCAACUUCAAAGAAAUUUUCCACAACAUUGACAAGAGAAACAACUUUAAAGAUUUCUGUGCCAAAGAAAUGAACGAAUGGAUACUUUUCCUUGAAGAUGUCAGUUAUUAUAAGAGCUUGAAAAAGAUUCAAGACAGAGUCAAGCUUCAAACUGAGAUUUAUUCACAGUUUAUUAAGAAUGGUAGUAACAAACAAUUGAACAUGUCAAAGGAAGAGCUACAAGUUCAUUCAUUCAAUAUUCAACGAUUAUUGGGUGAAAUUGACUUGUUUGACGAGCUGGAAAACGUUGUGAUUCAAAACCUUCUCUUUGAUGUCUUCAAGAGAUGGCAAGAACAAUAG